UUUGUGAUCCAGAACUAAACAUCAGCACCUGACUUCACAUAUGCUCUUGUGACUAAUUGCAAUCAAAUCCUUACAGCAAUGUUCCAACAUCUAGUGUAAAGCUGUCCCAGAAGAGUAGAUUCUGUUACUGCAGCAAAGAGGAGACAAACACCCUAUUAAUACCCAGAAGAAAGGCUGGAGGGGCAGGUGUCUGUAAAUGUGUGCACAUAUAGUGUAUAUACAUCAGCAGUUAUUGUUUAUAAUAUUCAAACUGUGCCUUUGGUAUCAUAUGAGCCAAUACAUUAUGAGGGUUUUGAUUCUGUGAAGUCCUUCAUGUACAGUAUAUACAGUACACAUAUAUGCUGUGAAAUCACAGGAUGCACCCUCAAAAUGUGCGUGUGCUAUCUGUGUCCUCAGAAACACAAACACACAGUUACACUUAAUAACCAUAAUCACUUUAUUUUGCCAAGUAUGUUACACAUACAAGGAAUUUGUCUUGCUGAGUGAACACAUAUAUGACAUGUAACAUACUGACAUGCUGAACAGACCGGACAAGCAGACUGUUGUCAACUAUUUAGCUAAAGGAAAAAGUCAAAUAAAAAUACAAUAUAUAGAAUAAAGAAUAAUAAUAGAUAAUAGAUACAUAAACUGCUUUAAAUCUACACAUAUAUCCAGAAGAUUACCUAUACAUAUUAUUAUGUACAUAUCGUUGCUGUCGGAAGAAAACCUUGUAUCUCCAUUUAAUUUGAAAGUAUCUGUUACUCUUUACAUUGUUUGUAAAUUUUAUGAUGAAUGGCCUUGAAGAAAUUACCCAGAAUGACAUGGGAAAAAUUCUGGUUCCAUUGACUUACAUUGAAGUAUGUUUAUAUAUAUAUAUAUAUAUAUAUAUAUAUAUAUAAUAGUGGCUUGCUUGGGAUUUGUUGACACUUUCUUAUAUGGUUUUGAGACAGUUUCUUUUGAAUGAAAUAAAGUUGGAUCAGCAGAGCCUUAACAUUUACUUAUAGAGUAAACACUCAAAAGUAAAACCUACGAAUCAUUAAUAAAUGAUUAUUUUGUAGGAAAAAUGAUUCGGGUAAAAGUAAAACUAGCCACCAAAGUCACGAAGGAUUUCUCAAGUGCUGAGUUCCCUUUAGAUCCCAGUCAGUGUCCAUGGCCUGGAGAGCGGAUUCAGAGUUUCACACCGGCUCUUCUGGGUGGUUACGCUGAUUAUUACCACCCAGGCUGGUGUUAGUUUAGCCCCGCUGGUGAAAGACUUAGUAAGCCGUGAGCUCGUGGCCACGCCUUCUUUUUUAUUUAUACAGGGUGUCACCAGCGGGGAUCCGUAGGGUAUUAGUAUUAGCAUUAGUAUUAUAUCUACAUGCCGCGUGUUUAUCCAGUGGCGGCUGCUCUUCCUCUUCCUCUUCCUCUUCGUCUUUUCUCAGAUAACUCGGCCUCGUUACACUGUUUUACCUACAGCGCGCCAGGGGGCGGUGUCCGCAUUUACACGUCUCCUUCACCGCAGAGGGAGGAAGCAGUAGGUCAGCAUUAACCUGGGUUAUAGCUUAAGAUGCCGAAGGAGAAGAAGGAGAAAGAGAAGGAGAGGAAGGAGAGGAGGAGUGUGGCGGACGAGAUUGACCGUAUUGAGGAGCAGCGAUCGCGCUGUCAGAGUAGUCUGGAAAGGGCAGAGUUCAGGCACCGACGGGAACAGCUUUUAGACGAGGACAGACAAGCCCUAGAAGAUGAAAUGACGAUCAUGAAUGAGAGGAUACAGAAAUACGAGAAGGAGCUGGAGGUGCUGCGAGGAGAGAACAGGAGGAAUAUGUUGCUGUCCGUAGCGCUCUUGGCCAUCAGUGCUCUGUUCUAUUAUGCCUUUAUCUACUGAGGACUCCUGCUCAACACCAGAGCCUUGACCCAUUAUGAUCACCAUUGACUCUAUGGGACGUUUGACGUGGGUCAGAAGUGCUGCCUCCUUCCAUUCAUGGAGGCAACAUUUGACAGUGUGUCCUGUCAGACAUCUGGACCAGCUAGUCUUAUCUAGCAUGAUGAAGAUACAUUUUGUAGCACAUUUAAGCUCUUGCCAAGUAUUCAUGCUAUGGUUCUGCUCUUAUGCGAAAUCUAAAUGGGUUUGUUACCUUGGAGAACUUUCGAAAUAACUCCUUCAGUAUGCUUUAUCACAUGUUUACUGUGUAUUUAAUUAAGCUGAUCACAGCUGAUUAAUCAUUCGACCACUUUAGUUUAACGUUUUCAGAGUUUCUUGGAGUUAAAGUUGAUGAACAGUUUUUUAUAUUCUUUUCAGAAUAUAAUAUCAAAAGUAUAUAUAAUUAUAUAUAAAAUAUAAAAGUAUGGACAGAAAUUUGCAAGAAAAAGAUACUAGGAUCAGGUAGAUGUUUACAUUUGAUAUGUCAAACAGAUACUUGAUGUAUUUAUUGUACUGUAGAAAAGCAGAAAGUUUAGGCGACUCUGGGUGAAAACGUCUGCGUUUAUUUCAUUUUGCUGCGUUUGUAACCUACAAAUAAAUGUUACAUCUCUCGAAUGCUAAUCCAGGUGAGUUUCGUCUUAAUUUCCACAUUUUAUGAAUGUUCGUAUAUCUGCGUUGGCAGAUGGAGCUUUCUGGAAAGCUUGGUGUUGGCUUUUUGAGUGAAGAUGUUACCACAUGCUGUACUAAGAACGCACCGCUCUGUAAUGGUGCAAUGGCUGUUUAUUUUCCGUAUCUUACACGUUUGGUGGGGGGGGCAAGCAUAAAUCAUGGUCUCUGCAAAGGUGGUCCCAUUUUAUAUUCUAUGUUCUAUUUCUGAGCACUAAAAUGUGGGGAAAUGUAAUAUGAGAUUGUUCCCUGUAAAGCAUUUUGUUUACAUUUUUUUCUAACUUUUUUUUUUUAUUGAACAUAAAUAAAAUUGCAAUCAACAUUAA